AUGAGAAACGACUAUGCAGACUUAAAGAAAGAAGCAGAAAAGCCAGCAGAAGAUAAAAUGGACAUGUUAGAAUUUCUGAACAAAAACUAUCCAACUGCUGACGAUUUCCUAUUAUCUGACGUCAAGAAGAAGUAUAAAGAAACCUUCGGCAUAGUUAAAACAUUCGAUGUACUAAAAGAAGAAAUAGAGGCUACGAAACUGUUUAAGAUUUCAAAUAUACAUCGUACAAUUCAUGUAAAACGCUUGUGA